CAAAAACAAUUCGCUCUCAAAGAUUUCAACUUUCCUCUUAUCAACAAAACUCUUAUCUCAAAAACUUCGCUCACUCUUUCUCCCUUUUGAUACUUGAUCAUCAUGGCACCACAGCUCAUACCAAGAACCCUAGCCAAUGGUGGGCUUAAAUCAUCAAAACAAGCAAGUUUACAGAGUAGAGCUUAUGUUACGUUUUUAGCUGGUAAUAAAGAUUAUGUAAAAGGUGUUGUAGGAUUAGCAAAAGGUUUAAGAAAAGUGAAAACUGCAUAUCCAUUAGUUGUUGCAGUUUUACCUGAUGUACCUCAAGAACAUCGUGACUUACUCGAGCAACAAGGUUGUAUUGUUCGUGAGAUUGAACCUGUUUAUCCACCUGAAAAUCAGACUCAGUUUGCUAUGGCUUAUUAUGUCAUCAACUACUCUAAGUUGCGUAUUUGGGAGUUCGUGGAGUACAGCAAGAUGAUAUACUUGGAUGGAGAUAUCCAAGUCUUUGAAAACAUUGAUCAUCUCUUUGAUCUUCCAGAUGGUUACUUCUAUGCUGUAAAGGAUUGCUUCUGUGAGAAAACUUGGAGUCAUACUCCUCAGUACAAGAUUGGGUACUGCCAACAAUGCCCUGAUAGGGUCAAGUGGCCAGCUGAGAUGGGGGCGCCUCCGGCCCUCUACUUCAACGCUGGAAUGUUCCUUUUUGAACCCAACCUAUGUACUUACCAUGACCUGCUAAAGCAGCUCAAAAUCUCCCCUACAACUCCUUUUGCUGAGCAGGACUUUCUGAACAUUUACUUCAGGGAUAUUUACAAACCCAUUCCUCUAGUGUACAAUCUGGUAUUAGCUAUGUUAUGGCGUCACCCUGAGAAUGUGGAGCUUGACAAAGUCAAAGUCGUUCACUACUGUGCUGCGGGAUCAAAGCCGUGGAGGUAUACUGGAGAGGAAGAGAAUAUGCAACGAGAAGACAUUAAGAUGCUGGUAAAGAAGUGGUGGGAUAUAUACAACGAUGAGUCUUUAGAUUACAAGAUGCCUGUCAAGAAGGGAGGAGAGAUUGAAAACCCCAGUGAUACGGUUGAAUCUGGCAACUUUCAGUUGUUCCUCUCUGUUUUGUCUGAGGCUGCUGGAGUCAAGUACAUCAAGGCUCCAUCGGCAGCUUAGUAGUGUGGCUGUAUAUAAAUUGUAUACUACAUCUCGUGUUCGGAUUUAUACAGUCUCGGGGUUAUUAUUAAUAUAUACUUACAUAUGCACAUUUCGUCUCGCCUUAUAUGGUCGAGGGCUGAAGCUGUUCGACUGUGGAAGUGGCGACUUUGACUUUUUGUUUCAUCUUUUUCUACUAGGAGGCACAUCUAGUGAAAUGCAAAUAUGGAUGUGUUGCUGUAUUGCUUGCCAGGCCGACAUGCCUUGGCGUGUUUGAGUUUCCUUUUGCGCUUGCAUGCGCUUUGGAGAAAGUUCCCCAUUUCGUGUUUAAAUGGAAUGUGCAAGGAGAUGCAGAUCUGUAGCUCUUUUUCAAUGUUGAGACUUGAUAGGUUAAUGUUUAUGUUUAUUAUGCUUUGGCAAGUAUACUACCUCGACCCUUUUCAGAUAAUCAGAUAA